AUGAAUUGUUGCAAAUUGAGAUUGAGUCUAAUAGUGCUCAUUUUAGCAAUAAUUGUUUCUUCAAAUUAUUGUUUUGGUAAGGACGAUGUUACAAAUGAAGAUAACUCAACAGCUACAAAUACUGAAAACAAUGAAACUUCCGAAAAAGGAGAUGAUAUAGUGGCUUCUGAUCAGGACUCUAAUUCUUUAAAUGUUGAAAACACAGAGGAGGGGGAGAAUAAAGAAGAGAAAAAAGAAACAGAAAAUAAAGAAAAUGAGAAUAAAGAAGUGGAGAAUAAAGGAGAGGGGAAUAAGGAAGAAAGAGAUAAAGAAGAGAAUAAGGAAGAGAAUAAUAAAGAAGACGAGAAUAAGGAAGAGAAAAAUAAAGAAGAUGAUAAUAAGGAAGAGAAAAAUAAAGAAGAGGAUAAUAAAGAAGUAGGGAAUAAAGAAAAUAAGGAAGAAGAGGAAAAAGAGAAGAAAGUAGAGAAUGAUAAAAUCCAAAAAUUUGAAGAGAACACUGAAAUUGAAGAUGGAAUUACUGACAAUAAAGGAAAUUCUGAUGAAGGUCCAGAAAUUGCUGAAAGUCAGGAAGCUGAAGAUAAAAAAGAGAGUGGGGAUGGAGAACAACAGGGUUCAAUUCACACAAGUAUUAUGGAAGGUUUGUAUAAGUUGGAUUAUAAAUUAAAAUUUUUGAGAAGAAUGUUAAGAAAAGACAAAAAAAUGAUUAUUCAGAUACAUGCUUUAGGUUAUUUAGUUGAUAGUAUAAAAGAGCAAAUUGUGAGAGAUGUAGCAGCUUUGAAUUCAGUAGUUAAGAUGGAGGCAGAAAACGCCAGUGAAUUAAAUAAGUUACAAUCAAUACAUGACAACCAUGUAAACGAUAAAUUAGAUUUUAUUAAACACGAAAAUAUAGUUCAAGUAAACAAUUGA